GGGUAGUCGCCGUCGCGCGCAAACGAAAGGAAAGAGAUAGUAACAGCACAUAAGUAUACACAACGCUAAUACAGAAAAUAUACAGCUAGCCAGCAGCAUUCCCGCGCACCGCGCAAGAGCAUCGAGUGUGUGUUGUUUUCCGAGUAGUCGCAACGAAGGCAUCUCCACGUGCAGUUAAGAGCUACUUUGCUGUUCUAAUAAACGCAAAGUGUGCAGUGCUAUACGAGAAAUAUAAACGUGACGACGAAACGAGACCAUGGCGACCACGGAUUUUUGCGAUGGUGAUUAUCUUGGGGCUUACCGGCGUUUCCUCGAACACUUCGUGACAAAUAUCUGCCGCGAGGAUCAACUACCGGUGAAGAUGUCAAAGCGUGAUGUACGCGAAUGCGAGCUAGCCGGCGACCUCGCCGACAUCACUUUGCAGCAUCUCAAUCAAAGGAUAUGUCCUCCAAGUUUGCAAGCUUACCUGGUGAAAUUAGUAAGAGAGGAGUUUGAAAGUAUGUUUCAGAAACAACCAGAUGAAUGUGGUUAUCGACCUCAGAACAAAGCCUUUACGCCUCUAAAGUUAAUGCAAGUUGUUACAAGUAAAGUUAAUGAAAUUUGUCAGCGUUAUCUGGACAAUAGCAGACUUGCAUUACUGCCUCCACCUCCGUCCAUUCCACUACCAUUAGUCUCUUCACAUGCAAUUAAGAAUAGAAGAAGAAAAAUGGAAGAUCGUUCCGUAGUUUUACACGAUUUACAUACUAUGUUCGGUAUUAAGAAUGAUGCAGUUGUAAAUUAUUAUGCAGUAUUUGAUGGUCAUGGAGGACAAGAAGCUGCUAUAUAUAGCGCAACUCACCUUCAUCAGUAUUUGUUAGAGAGUCGAUAUUAUCCCGACGAUCUGGAACUUGCCUUACGCGACGCUUUCCGUACUACGGAUACUAGAUUUUUAGAGUGCGAUCAUACAAAAAAUAGCGGUGCCACUGCCGUUUGUUGUGUUAUAUAUAAUAAAACUUUGUACACUGCAUGGGCUGGUGAUUCUCAAGCUGCAUUAAUAAAGAAUGGAAGAGGAGAUUUUUUGACAGUGCCUCAUACACCAGGGAGACCAGAUGAAAAAGCGAGAAUAGAGAAUUUAGGAGGAGAAGUUAUAUAUUUUGGUUCAUGGAGAGUAAAUGGCGUUCUAAAUAUUUCCAGAUCCAUUGGCGACAGCAGCUUCAAGCCCUACGUCACGGAGGAGCCGCAAAUCACGCAAGUACAACUGGACGGCACGGAGGACUUUCUGAUAAUCGCUUGCGAUGGAUUGUGGGAGAAGGUUAGCGAGGAGACCGUCACCUCGCUGCUCUACGAGUACGUCAGCUGCAAUCAGAGCCACUACCAAUCGGCGAGCGAGGCCUUGGUGUUGUGGGCGAAGCAGAAUCUGAGCGACGACAACAUCUCGGUGAUCGUGGUCUUUCUGACAACACCAUCCGAGAUCGCGGCCAAGCACUUCUACAGUCCGCGGCCCGUCGCUAUGGAGCCGCAGCAGCCGGAGCUCGACUCGCACCAGCCACCACCACCUGCCUUCGAUUUCGCUGGCUUCGGCAAUCAGUCGCCGAGCGCCAAACCGAACCUGCUGCAGACUAACGGCACCGACGACAACAACUACGCCGCCCCUUCGCUGCUCGAGCCGAUCAACGGCCGACACAGACCCAAGCCGCCCAAGUACAACGACGACGAUGACGACGACGAGGACGAGGACGUAAACGAAGACGUGGACGAAGAGGACGACGACCUCGGGCCGGAGACGAACGUCGAUGUCAUCGACGAAUCGCGCGAGGACUUUGGCAAGCUCGAGCAAGCUAUGGGCCAGAACUAUCCCGACGAGUUCCUCAUCAAGAUGCCCGCUAAGAGGAACGACGAGCAGCUGCGCCAGCACGAUGCUUUCGAGAUCGACGAUAAACAGCGUCAUGAGGGCGAACUGGUCGGCCAGGCGGAUAAUGUAGCCGACAGCGAGGAGAGCGAGGACGAGUGGAACUUUUACCGACCAGAAGAGCAGCAGAAGAAAGCGGCGGCAGCAGCCGAGUCGUCGAAACCCGACAGAUGCGAGAAGGAGCGAGAAGCUUGCAGUCAACAGCAGCCACAGCAGCAGUCGGCGCAAGACAGCGCGCUUUUCUCGGAGCUGGACAACGAUAACCGGCCGCAGAGCAGCGGCACCGACGACGUCACCGCCGAGUACGACGAGAUUCACGAGACCGAGCCACAGGAGAAGCAGCCUUUUGUCGCCACGUCCUUGCUCGAGCACCAGCUCGACCACAACGAUAUCGAAGUGGAAUCCGAGACAAAAGCAGUAGCAGCGGUCCCGCUCAAAGAGGACGGCCUGGUGCAGCAUCAACAGCUGCAUCAAGAAGCAAAGCUGUUCGAAAACGAGGAAGAGGAUAUGGAUUCCCAUCUGAAUCCAGACGCGAAAGAAUUUGUGCCCAGUUCACCCGGCUCGCCACCGCUAGUGCCCCAGCUGGUGCAAAUGAACAGCGAUUUGGUUGCUGGCUCGCCGCUCAAGCAGAACCAGCGUGCUCUCAAGAAUCGCAAGAUUCCCAGCGAGCAGGAGUUCCAAGAGGAGAUCUGCCGUCGGCCAUCGGAGAUCAACGACCAGAUUGUCGACUUUUCCAACAACGAGGCUUCGCCCAAUACCACCACCAACCUCUUCAGCGGCUUGGAAGACGAGCGCCAGAAGACUGUCCUCAUGAAUCUCGACGAGUCCGAGGUGUCAUCCACCAAGGCAGAAUUUGGCGAUGAGUCCAACUACUCCGUCGCCAGCGAGUUCUACAAGACUGGAGCCGACUGCUCGUACACUGGCUCCGAACGUGGCGAAUUUGACGCGAUGGCUACAUCCAUGACUCCCGGCGACUUCAAACAAGCCUUUGAGCAAGAUCUUGAUCUUAAUAAGGUUCACGAACUUAAGGACGAGGACUUAUUCUCGGUGGAUACGCACAAUGGCCUACGAAACGACGAGGAGGUACCCAAGAUUGCUGUCAACCUAGACGAUCUCGUUAACAGUACGGACAAUUUUGAUUUCGAGCAGCAGAAUGUCAGCGUUGAAGUCUUCUCAGCAGUUGUCGACGAACGCGUGUCCUCCUAUGACAACAACGAUUUACUGAUGAACAUGCGCAACUCCGAGCAUAGCAAGGACGAGUUGCCAGAAUCUACUUUCAGCAAUCCCUUCACAACCGUCGACAAUAUUCAGAAUCUCACCGAGGGUAUUCAAAAUGUCAAUCUCGAAGAUAAGGUAGAUGAGAAGCCUCUCAGCGAACCGGUAAUGAUGAAUCCAUUGGAUCUGAACUUUGGCGCACCUCCUGCUGAGCAGAAGGCAAACGACGCUAUUCUCGUGUCUCCAGUCAAGGAGCCCGAAAUUAUGUCGAGCAAGUUCGAGGAGGAGAAUCUCAUUUCACGCUCGACCGAGGCAUUGCUCGACGAAUUCAAAACUGAAACAGAAGAGGCUUUCGACAAUCCCAACCGCCUGGAGGAUUUGAAUCCUUUGCACGACCAGUUAGCUGAAGCCGUAAUGACUGAUACUGUUGUAAAGUCUUUCGAUAAAAUGCUCAUCGAAGAAUCGACUCAUAAGAAGCAAACUGAGGAAUUUGUUCAUGAGAAACACGUCGAGGAGUUUGAAUGUAAAAAGCACACCGAUGAGCUUGUUCAUAAAGAAACUAUCAAGGAGCCUGUCCACGAGACAUACGAUAAAAUCUUUGGUUGUGAAAAGAACGUUGAGAAAUAUUUCGAGGACGCAAAGGCUACGUAUGAUAUGCACGUUGAAGAGGAUACUCACGAGAUGCAUGUUAAACACGAUACGAAGCCUAUAAAUCUGUCCGAAUCUCUACAAGAGUUCACUGGUUUGGAGGAGCAGUUGAGUCCCCAAUCUCGCGAAGUCAAGGGCGACAUUUGCUUCAAGGAAGUGCCGACUUUAAAGGAGAGCCUCGUCGACGAACCGAAGGAUGUCGAAGAAAUUACGCCCUCUCCAGUAGUCGAGAUGAAAAACUUGCCGUUGCUUUCAAAUGAAACUACAAUGAAAGUAUCGGUACCUGUGACUGAAAUUGCUGCUGCUACAACUGCAAUUGGAGCUGUAGUUGCUGCAACAUCAACCAAACCAUCUAAGCCAUCUACGGCGACAAAGACUUUGAAAUCAACAGUGACUUCCAAGCUCGGCGCCAAGGCAUCGCCGACUUCUCCAACAAAAGCAAGCGUCGCUACUAAAAGCUCCACCACACCGUCAAAGAAAGUACCGUUGACUGCUGGGUCAAAGCCCAAGCCAACUUCCGCAGUUGCUCCAAAACCUACUACGAGUUUGGCCAGCAGGACAUCAACAGCUGCUAAAACCAUUACAUCAACGGCCAAAGCGCUAACGACCAGUGCAAAUGCUAAACCAGCUCCUCGCACGAAUAUGGCACCAAUUGGGCCGAAACCUAAACUCAGUAGUGUUGGUUCCAAGGUCGGUUCAUUAUCUGCUGACAAGAAACCGACAACCAAUGGUGACGUCAGAUCCGCUGCCGCUAAGCCUACACUAAUUAGUCGAACGCAGGUCAAGCCUCCAAUGAGCAACGGUGCGCCCAAGAGUAGCCUAGUCAAAACGUCUACCACACGUAUGAGCAUAGGCGCCAGUAGCACCAACACAGCUUCCAAGCCUCGACCGACUUCGAGCACCACAGCCAAGACUACUGCCACCUCGAGACUGAACAUGUCAGGUGUAACGAGCUCGACGUCCACGGCUAGGCCAAAAACCGCUCCAGCCACUACAACUUCGACUCCGGCUGCAAAGUCCAAGAUUGGAAUGAAGUCGCCGAUGAUCGAUAAACAAAUCAAGGAAUCCGCUAACAAGCAGAUCUCGUCGGCACGUGUUUCCACAACCGCUGCUCCAAAAGCACGUCCGACGUCGACUACAACUUGCACAACGGCAAAUAAACGUUUGUCGUUGGCCCCUAAGCCAGCUGCCUCUCCCUCGAAGAAACCAUCAACUACCGUUGCUGCAAUGAAAACGGCUGCGAAACCAAGUGUCGCAUCGAAGGUCAACUCGAAGGUGAGCUCGACGACAAAGACUAGCACAACCGUAAAAACCGAGGUCGUUCAGAAUGGAAUCUGCGAAAGCGAUGAGAGCAAGAUCAGCACAACGACGACCACAACGACAACGAAUAUCGAGGAAGAUGUACCGAUGAAGGAUGUUUCGCCGAUUGAGCCGGUCACUGAUAACCAGCUCAUCACCGCCGAGUGAAUUCGUGCGUGAUAAACAGGAUCGAUAUUAAUUGUACCCUACUCUUUUUUAUUUCUUAAUUUAUACAUCAAAUGAAUCUUUUUUCCUCUAUUGAGAGAAAAUCAGUAUAGCUUAUACGUAUACUAUUGAACGUUAAGGCCAAUAGUUUUUACAUCUUAAUUUUUUUUUGUGCUGCGUUUAAGUUUCAAUGGACAGAUACCCCGAUGCGCAUUCACACAUAAUAGUUGGAGAACAAAGUUGAAUUGGAUACAUUUUUAAUAUACUCACAUUUAUUAAAAAAAAUGCGUAAUAUAUGUAUGUUUCAAAAGAAAACGCAAAUUUAAGACAAGAUGUAUUAACCUAUAUUCAAAGAUCAUUAUUAUUAUAUAUCUAUUCACAUAAUUGCUUGACUGCUUCGGUGUGCUGUGAAAUCUCCUACUGAAACUUAAAAAUAAAAAGAAAAAAAAACACGGCAGUGGAUAAAUGGCUUGAACUUUUGUUGUGUAAAUAAUCGGAUGCGUUCGAAGUUCCGGUAUUAUUGUAAUUGUAUUUUAUGCAAGCUCUGAGUAUGCGUAAUUAUGUGGUGCUCGUCAAUGGCCUCCAAAUAUUUGCGAAGAAACGUCGUUGAGGGAUGAUAUAUAUGAUCGAUGGUAAAGAUGAAACGAUAAAAAAUGAUGAUGAAACAUUAAAGUUCGUAGUACGAAUUUACUCGCACAGAAUCGACUUUCUUUAUACCAAGACGCGGACAAAACGAAUUCGGAGUAUAUUGUUAGAUAUAACUCUCCCCAUGGCGACGGUAUUACUUUUCACCUAACAAAACAAGACGGUUUCUUUUUUUUAUAUUUUUAAUAACAUUUUUGUAUGUGCAUCCAUAUAACAAUAUCAUAUUUGAUAAUAAGGACAUAUUUAUUUUUGUUUGUUCCUAAAAGUUGAGUAAAAACCAACGAAAUCGUCACCAUUUUAAUACGUACUACUAUUUAUGUACAGCACUUUUGACUUUAUGUGAUAACUUUAUUAUUAAAUGAAAUCAUCAGUAUGAAGAACAACGUUUAUAUAAAAAAAACAAAAACAAUAAACAUGCGAAUUUUUUCUAAUAUCGGUUUUCUUUUGUAAAUCCGUGUGCUCGGUUUUAGAAUAAUUUUAAGAGAAUAUUUUUUUUCUUCAUUUGUUAUAGUUUUAUUUUAAUCAUUGACAGAACAUUGUAAUUGAAUAAAUCUUUAACUUUUAUCA